UGUCGAAGGCUCAGGUGAUACGGAACCGGAGGCAGCGUGGUUCUGUUGCUGACAAUUAUUCUGCUGAAGUCCAGAAUAACGAAACCGGCAGAAAUGAUAGCUUUAUGGAUAUUAUUUUCUGUCAUCUGCUGCCAGUUUUUUACGGUGUCGGUGUCAGCGGAUGACAUUGUUGUGGCAUGCGGCGGGUUCGUAAAAUCCGAUGUUGAAAUCAACUACUCGCUGAUCGAGAUUAAACUGUACACUAAACAAGGGUCUUUGAAAUACCAGACUGACUGUGCACCCUUCAAUGGCUACUUUAUGAUUCCCCUCUAUGACAAAGGAGAUUUUAUCUUGAAGAUUGAGCCUCCGCUUGGUUGGAGCUUCGAGCCCUCCACUGUCAACCUAUAUGUGGAUGGGGUCAAUGAUAUCUGCACCAGAGAACAGGACAUCAACUUUGUCUUUACCGGCUUCUCUGUCUCCGGAACGGUACUGAGUAAGAAUCAACUCCUUGGCCCAGCCGGAGUGGAGAUCAGUUUGACCCGGGAGGGAACGGGGGAGAAGCUACAGAAGGUGGUCACUCAGCCCGGGGGAAAAUACACAUUUGCAAAAGUACUUCCCGGAAAUUAUGAUAUCGUCGCUUCUCAUCCGUCCUGGACUCUGGAGCAGGCUGCUUCUUCCGUGCGGGUUUCCAACUCCAAUGCUGUGGCUGCAGAGCCAAUUGUGGUAGGUGGUUAUGAUGUCUCAGGGGAGGUCCGGAGUGACGGAGAGCCCAUGAAAGAAGUCACCUUCCUCCUCUACUCUGCCAAUGUGAAGAAAGAGGACAUCAUGGGCUGUAACACGGCCCCUGUAGAGGGUGCCGAUUCUGGUGAUGGGUCCCUGGUUUACCUGUGUAGCGCCCUGUCCCGAGACGACGGCACCUUUAACUUCCCCUCCCUGGCCAGUGGAGAGUACACCGUGGUUCCCUUCUACAGGGGAGAGCGGAUCACGUUCGAUGUGGCUCCUUCCAGGAUGGACUUCAGGGUGGAGCACAGCAGCUUGAAGCUGGAGCCCGUGUUCCGUGUCAUGGGAUUCUCUGUAACGGGACGGGUUCUCAACAGCGUGCAAGGGGAAGGUGUGCCCGAUGCCACGGUAAUCCUCAACAACCAGAUCAAAGUUGUGACCAAGGAGGAUGGCUCAUACCGCCUAGAGAAUAUGACCAGCGGUUCCUACACUCUUCGCACGCUCAAAGACCUGAUGUUCUUUGAGCCAAUUACAGUGAAUAUAGCUCCCAACACCCCUCAGCUUCCUGACAUCAUCACUGCUGGGUUCAGCGUGUGCGGUCGGAUAGCUGUUACCCGCCUGCCAGAAGGCAUGAAGCAGCAGGGACGCUACAAGGUCACCCUCACCCCGCUGGGCCAGGACAGGAGCGCCACUCGCACCACCGACUCCGACCAGCAGGGGGCCUUCUGCCUCCACGCCAAACCUGGAGACUACAUCGUUACCGUAUCGCUUCCUGAGGCUGAGGUUAAGGCUGGCCUUGCCCUGCAGCCUGCUGCUCUGGAUGUCUCCCUGGUGGACAGACCCCUCUCCGACCUCCUCUUCACCCAAUUCAUGGCCUCUGUCUCUGGCAAGGUCUACUGUCUGGCAAACUGCGAUGACCUGUCGUUGACCCUCCAGCCAGUGAGCCGUCAGGGGGAGAGGAGAAGCGCGCCCCUCUCUGGGAGCGGGGACACCCUCGAGUUCUCCUUCGAUAACAUCCUGCCUGGCAAAUACAAAGUCAGUAUAUCCCAUGAGGAGUGGUGUUGGAAGCACAAGUCGCUGGAGGUGGAGGUACUGGAUUCUGAAGUCAUGGGUGUGGACUUCAGGCAGAUUGGAUACAUCCUUCGUUGUUCCCUGUCCCACGCCAUCACUCUGGAGUUUUUCCAAGAUGGCAGCAAGCCUGAGAAUGUUGGUGUCUAUAACCUCUCCAAGGGUGUCAACCGCUUCUGCCUCUCUAAGCCAGGUGUGUACAAAGUAACCCCUCGCUCCUGCCAUCAGUUUGAACAAGACUACUACACCUAUGACACGUCGGCGCCCAGUAUCUUGACCCUAACCGCGGUGAGGCAUCACAUGACCGGCCUCGUCACCACUGACAAGAUGCUGGACGUCACGGUCACCAUCAAAUCGUCCAUCGAGUCAGAGCCGGCUCUGGUCCUGGGCCCCCUGAGGAGUCAGGAGGAGCUAAGACAGGAGCAGCAGCUGCAGGAGAUUGAGCUGCGUCGCCAGGAGAGGGAGAGACGGGCUGCCAAUGAGGAGGGAGGCGACAGCCGGCCCCCCGUCCAGGAGCGGGCCGACGAGCUCACAGGGCCCUUCCACUACGAGUUCUCCUACUGGGCCAGGGCUGGGGAGAAAAUCACAGUCACCCCCUCCUCCAAGGAACUGCUCUUCUAUCCCCCGGAGGUCGAGGCCACCAUAACUGGAGAGUCUUGUCCCGGGCAUGUGGUGGACAUUGUGGGCCGUGCCGGUCUGUUCCUGGAGGGCCAAGUAGCUCCCAAGCUGCAGGGGGUGGAGAUCUCCAUCACGGAGAGAGGAGCCGGGUCACCCCUCAUCAAAGUCGCCACCAACGACAACGGAGCAUACAGCGUUGGUCCCCUGCACAGUGGCAGACAGUAUGACAUCAGUGCCAGCAAGGAAGGCUUCGUCCUCAGCCCGGUGGAGGGAACUCUGGGAGACUUCAAGGCCUUUGCCCUGGCCGGGAUCACCUUCAAAAUUAAGUCUGAGGAGGGUCAUCCGCUGGCCGGCGUUCUGCUUUCUCUCAGUGGAGGGUCGUUCAGAUCCAACCUGCUCACUCAGGACACCGGGAUCCUCACCUUCAACAACCUGAAUCCGGGUCAGUACUACUUCAAGCCGAUGAUGAAGGAGUUCAGGUUUGAGCCGGCCUCACAGAUGAUCACGGUGGAGGAGGGAGAGAAUCUCAGUAUCGACAUCACUGGAUUUAAAACAGCAUACAGCUGCUACGGGGCGGUGCAGUCGUUGAGCGGGGACGCGGAGCGAGACGUGUCAGUGGAGGCUGUGGGACAGUCUGAGUGCAGCAUCUACAGUGAGGACACGGUCACCGACCAGGAGGGACGCUUCAGGCUCAGAGGGCUGCUGCCUGGCUGUAGGUACCUGAUCCAGCUGAGAGCGGAGGGCAAUGACCACAUUGAGAGAGCCCUGCCCCAGCACCGCUUCAUAGAGGUCGGGAGCGCCGACAUUAUGGGCGUCAACAUCAUCGCUUUCAGGCAGAUCAAUCAGUUUGACUUGAGUGGAAACGUCAUCACGUCAGCAGAGCACCUCCCCACUCUCUCAGUGAAGCUGUAUAGGAGUGAUAACCUGGACAACCCCAUCAACAGUGUGUCUCUGGGACAGUCACUCUUCUUCCACUUUCCCCCUCUGGAUAGGGAUGGAGAGACCUACGUGCUGAUGCUGUACUCCACGCUGUCUCGCUCCCAGUACGACUUCAGCCUCCCCCAGGUGUCCUUCACCUCCACAGGCUACCACAAGCACGUCACCCUUACCUUCAACCCCAAUCGUAAAGUGCCUGACCAGGACAUGGCCCAGGGGUCGUACGCAGCCCUGCCGCUCACGCUCCUGCUCCUCCUGGCGGCCUACAACCACGACAAGGUGAUUCCUCUGCUGCUGCAGCUGGUGAGCCGUCUCCAAGGGGUGCGUAGCCUCAGCCAGGCGGGAGCGGACAACGCCGCGCUGGACGAGGCUAAACGUCAGGCCAAGAGGCAGAAGACCCGGCGCACAUGAUUCCACAGACACAGCGACUAGCAUCUAAACUACCCUAACAGGAAACAACCAACACAUUCAGCCUGACUCCGUUCCCCAGUCCUUUAGUCACUACUUUAACCCGAGCCUGGUUCUUUAUUGGACACAGAUAUACUGUACAAUACCACAACCAACCAACCACACCGAGGUCGCCAGCUAGGGUUCCGCAGGUUCUGUAAUGGGUUCUAUUCAACAUUCUACGGAAGACAGGUUGUUUAAUGUCUAUUCUGUGUGACUACUUUGUUUUUAUAGAACACUCAUCAGAUAUCUUGAUUGGAAUCUCUGUAUUCUGUAUACAAGGCUUUUAAAAAGAAAUCUAUGUAAUUGUCUGCUGGGAUCACACGCUAGCGAGGCCUUCAGGUGAAGUCGAUGUUUCGUAGUGUUUUUCUGGGGUCUGGGUAACUCUGGGAUAGCCAUCCAUCACGAAGGAUUUAUUACUCCCACUUUAAAUGUGACUUGACUGUUUGUGACAAGUCAUCUUGCGUGAUGUGCAGUGGCAUUCAAUUCAAACACAGCCCACUUUUCAAGUUGCUGAAUGUGUCAUGAGCUUCCUGGUGGGGGAACCUCAGGCCCCAGAAUACAUCCAGUCAUUAUGGGCGUUUACACCGUGGCCCCGCUUCUCGGUCGCAGAUGAUCUUAUGGAAAUCCACUCUUUGGCGCCUUUCCAAAUUAGCUCCUAGGUUGCCUUGUUCAUUCUCUUGAAUACAUGACUGUUUGCCUGAUAGUUGGGAAUGUUGUUUGAUAUUGUUUUUCUAACUAACGGCCUUUUAAAAAAUAGCUGUAAUUUGUGUCUGUGGUGUGCUGUUAACAUGCUAACUGUCAUUAAGAGAAGAGGAAGGAGGAGAGUUGAUAGCAUAGCUAGCCCAUUCACCGGUUUGAGUGUGAUCAAGUUGACUGGAGAAAAUUCUAUAUAAUUUGGAAAGUAUUCAGACCCCUUCCAUUUCUCAGCAUUUUGCUGUGUUAUGGACUUAAAAUUAUUAAAAGAUAUUGCCUUCAGUCUACACAAUACCUCAUAAUGACAGGGAAUAUAUAUUUUUAGAAGUGUGUGAAUUUAUUACAAAUAAUAACUGAAAUAUCUCCUUUUACAUAAGUAUUCAGAUCCACUUGUGGGACAUUUCAAUGCUUUAGCCAUUUCUUUGACCUUCCCUUGUCUCGCAAGGUCUUCAUAAAAUAUAACAGUUUUUCAUUUUUAAAAAAUUGGCACAAAUUUCCAUAAGUGUGGUUUUGCCUUAUGGGGUGUUGUGUGGAUGGCAAAAAUACAUGAAAUUGAAUACAUGAAAAAUGAAGUCCCCAAAAUGUGGAGAAUGUGACAGAAUCUGAAUUAUGUCUGACGCCACUGUACAGCACCUCAAUAGGAGCUAUUAUCAAGGUAUUAUACCCAGAAAGUAAACUGUAAGUGUCGUUACUGCUUGAAAUCAUUCCUGUUUUCCAGUGGGGAAUAGAUGUCUAUCUUUUGUGACUGACUGGCUUCUUGGACUGUUUUGUUUGUAUUCGGUUUCAUCUGAGCUGUGGUAGUGUAAACUAAGGUUGUCUUUCUGUUUGUCUGACAGUUGUCUCAGGUGGG